AACAGCUGUCACAUGCAGCACCUGCCCUGUCUCACACACGCAUGGCUGUUUUUACCGCAGUGCAUCUGCAGCAUCAGCCUCUCAACUGAGCGACAGAGGUGCCGCUGUGGCGCAGGAGAAAACACCGUUAACUGAGCACUGGACGGAUUUAUUUGAAGGUUGUUGUUUUUUUUUAAUUGCGUGUCUGGCUUAUAUGCCUGCGUGUGCGCUCACGCAGUUUGACCUGCAAUGCCAACACGAACGAAACAUCUCUUCUCCGAGCACGGGGUCAUUAGAUAGCUGAAAUUAUACAAGAAAUUAUAUAGCUGCCAUCGCAGGAGAGGACAGUAUUUUUCUAUAUUUUUUCCAGGAGAUACGACUCUGCUCGAGGAGAGGAGGCCUGAUCAGGACAGUGGCUCUGAUUUCAUUGAUCCGAUUAAGGAUAAUUACCAUUAGACCAUUAGACUGGUCUCUAUUAAAUACUGGUAGCGUGUACCCUGUAAAAGGUAGCCAUUUGUUUCCUGCCGUAGAGCAUGCAAAUUGAUUAUAAAUGCACUGGAAUGUAAAUGUAUUGUUGACGUUUAUUCAGUAGCUGGCAUGUUGCACUCUUGAACACAUAUUCAUUAUAACCUCGUAAGCGUCUAUACUGUCUGUAAUUUUCCAACAUUUAGAGCGGAGCAUGCCCCAGGCAGGUCUACUGAUUGCUCUCUGCAUCUCACAUUAAAAGGACCUCAGGAAAAAAAAAGAAUCAUAACCUCAGGGUGCGGAUCUGGGGAGCACUGUGAGUUAACAGAUAUCUGGAUCGUUUCAUAAGCUAUUUGAUCAUUGAUAGCAGAAAAGGUCACCGCGUGGAUGCGGGAGGCCAGUGGGCGUGUAAAUUGGGGGAACUGUCUCAAAAGGAGCAAUAAUUUGUGGCAAUAAAUUCUGCAACCAGAAUUCUGGAAACUGUUGCCGGCUUGAGCCAAAGACCUGAGUGGUUCCACGGGACAUUACAUUUACGCGUAUACGGUUUGCACUUUACAAUGCAUGUUUAGCUGCUAGUUGCCACCAACACAUGACAUCAGCCUGCACUUAACAAGACAAUACAGAUAAGCUUCCUGAAAUCUACAAGAAAACAUUUGCAAAUAUCCAUUCUGCUAUUGCAAACUCGGAGGUGCUCAGUGCGUGAGUGUCACUAGGCUCCGUGAAAGCUUCAAGAACCAUCUUAGGGUUUAUUUUUUGAGGCCCCUCCUUCGAUAAAACAUCUGGAGUCAUGGCACUACUACGCUUUCUGCUAUUUUCCUUCCUCUGCACGUUGUUUGUGUACCAGUGUCACGGGGCCUGUGCAGAGGUGGACUCGGACACUGAAGCCGUAGCAGGCAAGGGUUUUAAACUGGGCUGCAUCUCCUGCAAAAGAAGGAGUGAGGUGAGAGGUGAAGCCAACAUCGAAUGGUACUUCAGGCCAAAAGGGGAGGCUGACUUUUUUCUGAUAUACACCUACAAUGGGGAUGAAUCCACCAUUGAGAAUGACCAGUUUGCAGAUCGUGUCGACUGGAACGGAAGCAAAAGGAGCAAGGACAUUCAAGAUGCGUCCAUAUACCUGUUCAAUGUCACCUUCAAUGACUCGGGCACUUACCGGUGCUUUUUCAACCGCAUCCUCUCCUACGAUAACUACGAGUACAACGACGUUGUCAGCAAAGUGGUGCACCUCAGUGUGGUGGGCAAAGCCACCAGAGGUACAGCUUCCAUCGUGUCAGAGGUCAUGAUGUACGUGUCCAUCAUCGGCCUGCAGCUCUGGCUCCUCAUAGAGAUGAUAUACUGUUACAGAAAGAUAGCAGCAGCUGGAGAAGAAGCGUUACGAGAAGCUGCAAAUGCUGAAUAUUUAGCGAUAGCCUCGGAAAGUAAAGAUAACUGUGCAGGGGUACAAGUCGGAGAAUAGCACAGGCUUUCUUCAUGGACUGAAAACAUCCUUCCACUUAACGACCUGCAUGACGACAACCUGAGGGAAAAACUCUUCAUCUCAAACCUCUAUUUUACCUUCUUCUUAACAACCCGAACAAAGGACAACACACUAGGAGAGCAUGGUACCAGCACUGUAAAUAGUACCCUGUGCACAAAAAGCAUGUUCUGCACUUAUAUGAGAAACCAUUAUGCAUUAAUGAGCCACAUUGUCUGAAGCAUAUACUGUACGUUCAGUAUUUCUCUUUAAGUAUAUGUAGUCAUGCAUUUAAUAUGAGUGGUGUUGUGGGGAGUCCAUGAGGCUAAUUGUCCAAGAAAGCUUUUUACUAAAUCAUCACCACAUAAUGUAUAAAAAGCACCAUAUGUGUAAGUGAUUUAUAAAAUAGAAUGUGAUGGGCUACAAUAGACUGUAUUUCUAAAUUAACUGCUAGUUAUACAUUCAGUCAAUCAUAAAGAUGUAUUAAUAAAAAUGGAGAAAAUAUGGUUGAAAA